CAGCAGUUUAGGAAGCUAUGGCUCUUUCGCGGGACCAAAUUCACCAUGGAGGUACCUGGGAAGAGUCGCAUUUGAGUUCAGAUCGGGUUCCACAAGCCAGUUCAUGUCCCUUUAGCGCCGUAGGUCGACAAAACGACAACAUAUAUCUUACCCUGGAUUCGCAUAGACACAUUUUUCAGCCUCCAGACGUCCCAGCUUUCAGUCGAGUCCUGACAGAGAUUGGCUCCAUGAACGGCAUGGUUCCACUUUCGGGCUCUUUUCAUCCGGAACCUUCCUGUUACCCCGGACACAAACUGCUCACGACGCGCAGCACUGCAGACGCUCAGCCGCGCGUAUCGCCUCCACACUCCCACCAGUUGUGCAACCUGAACCUACCCCGGCUUCCUUGCUCGGAGUUUGUCAGCAAACCUAUUAGGCAUAAGUUUGCAUUAGACUACAAAAAAUGUCCAACUCAACGGAGCGAAAACAGUGGCAAUAGAAGCACCAUCCCCACCACAAUGUUACAUGUCACUCCAAGCAACGCAGACAGCACAGAGACGCCUUGCUUAUCUCAAGAGAAACGUUUUACAGAAUUUCCAGAGGAUGAUAAAACUCCUACAGACAAGACGCGAGCUAAAGACUUGACCACCGAGAACGCUAAAGGGACCUGGUUAUUGACAAAGACAGGGAGGAAGAAGCGAUGCCCUUACUCCAAACACCAAAUCCUGGAACUGGAUAAAGAAUUCUUUUUCAAUAUGUACCUGACUCGAGAGCGCCGCCUGGAGAUAAGACGAAGUGUCAGUCUUAGUGACCGCCAAGUUAAAAUCUGGUUUAAAAAUCAAAGGAUGAAACUAAAGAAAAUAACUGGGAAAUAUAGGACGAAGGACAUAGUAACUCAUAUGAUUUGUUAGUGAAGGCGAUUGAACAUGCUACUAAGAUUGCGGCCAUUAUAACAACACCUCUAAUGGAAUAUUGUUAACACUUGUUGGAAUACCUUAGAAAUGACGGAUAAAUUGUAAAGCAGUCGCGAUGAUGAGAGCUUUUUCUCGGUGUGGCCAAAAGAACGCUUGUUCUUAAAUAUUUGAUAUUGGCUUUCAGUGCACUCGCAUUGUUCGCUUUAUUGGUUACACCUUUUCCUCUUUCAGAAUUGGCUAUUUUAACUUACUCAGCAAAGACUAUUGUUUACAGUUUAAGAAUGUAGAACAGGAGGAACAAAAUGAUCAAAACCUAUUUAUUAUGGACAUCAAGAGCAACAAAAUUUGGA